AUGCCACCCAACAAUCCACAGACUUUGACACCUACACCUUCUUACACACCUCCACAUCAAGGACUUCCAGCCGGAUCUCUUCCAUGUGUCCAACCUGGUGUAGGCACAGGCAUUCUUCAUCAAGCUCCACCUCAACCUACGACGUCUACGCCACCAACAUCCAAUGUCACUCCACAACAGGCACAACCAGCGAGACCAAAACCUGCAACAAGAAAGCCCGCUCCAGAAAAACCACCUUCAUUGCGACGACCAUUGAUCCGAACGACCGCACCCGAUUUUGAAGAUCGAAUGCAGCGCCAAGUCGACUCACAAAUGCUGCAAUCCAAAACCCAGGAAAUGCUGGACAAGAUCACCAAGUCGCUUCAACAGCCUACACCGUCAGUCCCAGCUCCUCAGCCCGCUCAACACUCCAUCCAACCACCUAUGGCCGUUCCAGGUAAUCUUGAACCUUCCCGAUGUCCACAUCCCGCUGGUCUACAUGUAUACCACCUCACCUACGUCGUCCCGCUUCACCACCACCGCCUUCGCGAUCCCGACCACGACGAUCUCGCCGAUGAUCCAGGACCCGCUCACGUUCACCUUCAAGUCCUUGAUCUCACCGACAUCCACGGCCCCGAACCUCUACUUCGGCAACGUUCCAAGCCUCACCAUCCCAAAGAACGUCGCACCCCAUCUCCCAUGGCCGUCGCCGAUCACCUCCUCAUGAUUCCCCACAUCCUCGUGACCGCCAUGACGGAGCGCCGAUCAAGAGCAGCCGUCCUAAUUCACCACCACCGGCACCUCCUGGGCCAAGUCUCAGAACGCAUCCCUGGAGGAUCGACAGACGAAAGCGGCAACCCAAAACAACUGACAGACUGGGCAAUCGUGAAUUGCACCAAUGGACUCUACGGGAUCGGAAAGGGCCAGCUUCCGGCAGGCUCAAUUGCCACCUGUCGCACUCCGAAGAAUACCACGCACUUGGCAGGGGGCAAUGAUCAGCUGCAACGGGGUUGCCGGGGAGGAAUCGCAAAAGGACGGGACGGUGCUACUGCUAUCAAUUCCUCUUGCGCUACGGUGGCUUUUGUUGCUGGAACUCAUCAGGCUGCUGCAAGGCUGUCCCACUACACCGCACCGCUACUGCACUACCACUCCGAAAUCACCUUCUGUUUCGGCUACUACCACCUCACCUCAGCCUAUGCCUUCUCCUUCCGUGGUGAGCAGCAAUGCCGAUAUGUCCGCCUCCAAGCUUCGUUACCUGUUCACCAAGUGUCCUUCAAGGUCUUUACCUUCGACCACGAUCGAAGGGAACUAUGGAUCAAUCAUCAGGGGCUACUCUCGCCUCCGGGAUCCAAUUCCACUACGGUGAUUGGCGGCCUAUCUCGAACGCUGACUCAGGACCAGAUCUCCGCCUUGACCAUUGGUUUGCAAGCCCUCGCUUCCUCGA